AUGAGGUUUCUCGCCAGUCUCACCACCCUCCUCCUUGCCCCAGCUGCGGUCCUAGCAGGAUGGGGCUACAGCGACGAUGGCAAGAAUUACGUUAUCGACACCAACGCCAACCUUGUAGUCAAAGUCAGCAAGACCAAUGGCGACAUGACAUCGAUUAAGUACCGUGGUGUUGAGUACAACGGCCAGGGAGGCAAGAACUCGCACGUUGAGUCGGGACUGGGUACUUCGACUGUCACCAUUAAGCAGUUUUCAGACCCAAAUGUCAUCAAAGUCAACAUCAAGUACGGCACACUCAAGCAUGACCUGGUCUUCCGCUACGGCAACCCCAACGUGUACAUCUUCAUGAACAAGGUCGACAGCAGUGUCACUGUGUCUCGAUACAUUGUUCGCGUGCCGCCCAACAUUUUCACCAACAACCUCAGUUCUGACACAGACUGGAUACCUGAGGGUGUAAAGGUCAUUGAGGCUGGCGAUGUGAACUCCGUCACAUCAAACUCCCACACAUACAGCAAGCACUACUCAGGAUACAAAUAUGGACGUACCAUGGACUACGACUUUGUAGGAUACACAAACAACAAUGUGGGCAUGUACAUGAUUCGAUCGAAUCACGAGAAAGCAUCUGGUGGUCCGUUCUUCAGGAGCUUGGUCAGGCGCGGUGGAUCGGGUGGACCUGACCUUUACGAUAUCUAUCACUACAACAUGGGACACACCGAUGUAAUGCGCUUUGGUCUACAAGGUCCAAGUGUUCUACACUUCACUGAUAAUGGUGCUGCACCUAACGCCAAUAUCUUCGCCCGCAAGGCUAAUUGGGACUGGUUUGAUAAUCUUGGUAUCGACGGAUGGGUCCCAGCGAGCAAGCGCGGAGCUGUCUCUGGUGUUGGGCUCGCCAACAUGAAGAAUGGUCAACAGUACGUUGUGGGCCUCAAAAGCAACACUGCGCAAUACUGGACAACAACUGGUGCAAAUGGCGCAUGGAAAAUCGAAAAGGUGCUUCCUGGUACAUACACCUUGAACGUGUACAAGAGUGAACUUGAGGUCCACACUACCACAGUGACCGUCACAGCAGGUUCUACCAGUAUCAAGAACACCAUCACCUGCUCUGAUCCUCAAGACACUGCAGUUGUGUGGCGCAUCGGCGAAUGGGAUGGUUCACCAAAGGGCUUCCUCAAUUUCGGGGAUACGCCCAUGAAGCCAACCUACAUGCAUCCCUCCGAUUCCCGUCUCGCAAGCUGGAAGCCUGGCAACUACAUCAUAGGUACCAGCAGUGCAAGCCAGUUCCCUGGAUACAUGUGGAAGGAUGUCAACAGCGGCUACCUCGUAUACUUCCGCCUCAGUGACGCGCAGCUUACCAAGAGCUUCAAGAUCAGGAUCGGCGUGACCGAAGGACUAGCUGGAGGUCGCCCAGCUAUCAGCAUCAACAGCUGGUCUGCUCCACUACAGGCGCAGAAGACCCAAGGUGAUACCAGGAGCUUGACUGUUGGUACUUACCGCGGCAACAAUCAAGUGUAUGAGUACACUGUGCCAGCCAGCGCAUGGACCAAGAGUGCACGAGAUUACCAAGUGCUGAAGAUUGACAUAAUCACUGGCAAAACGGCGACGGCAUACCUGAGUGGGGGUGUCAGUUUUGAUGCUCUUGAAAUGGUUGAAGUCUAA